AGCAGUAAGCGUAUCACCGUGACCAAGAGGCCAUGCCGGUGUUUCAGGUGCAGCCAAUCGCUGCAUCGCUUCCUGUGGAGGUGGAGGUGGCAGGUGGCACCAUUGCUGACUUGAAAGCUGCCCUGGCCAACAAGACUGGGGUGAAGGAAGACGAGCAAAGACUCGUCACUCGUGGAAGACUGCUGGAGGAUUCCACGCUUCUCGAGUCGGUGGAUGGCCGCAUUUUUCUGGCGCGAGCUUCGUGUGUGUCCUUUGAACCUGUGGAGCCAAAGGAUGAGAUCCAGCUAAGACUGAAGACCAUCGGAGGCAUGCAGAAUGAGUUGCGACUCACCGUGAAACGCAGUCUUCCUGCCAGAGAGUUCAAGCAGCAGGCGUUGCUGCGACUCGGCAAGCCUGCAGAAAUUGGCUACAAGUUUGUGGCUUCGGGCCAGCUGAUGAGCUCAGAGGCUACCCUUGCAGAGCUUGGCCUGCAAGAUGGCGACGUUGUUGUGGUGGUGGCGCCCCGCGCACCCUUCCAUGUCCGCGUCGCUCGGCAAGUCCGCUUUGCGAUUUGCUGGCUGCUUGGAGGUCUUUGGAGCCUUCUCAAGGCGGUUGUUUGCGCCUUGGGCGUGCUGCCGGGGACGAUGCUGCGCUGGCUCAUCAACGCAUGGUACGACCCAUGGAGUUUGGUGCGGCCGACGAGCCCCGAGGAAGUGCUCGAUGGCUUCGCUGGCCAGGUGAGAGGUCGACGCAUUCAAACACUCGGCUUCUCCCCACAGAUGCUGCGCUACGCGCCCGGCCAGAACCCACGCGGGGAGGAUCUUACAGUCCUUCUGUCACAAGGCCUCAUCGGCAUGUAAGCUUCGUUGUGCCGCCUAGCC